CCGCUCUAUGCCGCUCCGCCCCAGCUCGCUGGUCCCAGAAGGCGCCGGGUUUCCCAAGAUGGCGGCGGACGUGUCCGUUACUCACCGGCCCCCGCUGAGCCCGGAGACCGGGGCCGAGGUUGAACCUAGUGAUGUCGCGGAGCGCCGGGUGCCCGAAGAAGAGCUGCCGCCGCUAGAUCCAGAAGAGAUCCAGAAACGCCUGGAACACACCGAGCGCCAGUUCCGUAACCGCCGCAAGAUACUGAUCCGGGGCCUCCCGGGGGACGUGACCAACCAGGAAGUACACGACCUACUCAGUGAAUAUGAACUCAAAUACUGUUUUGUGGACAAGUACAAAGGGACAGCACCCUCUACGUGCACUGGACGGACGCCGGGCAGCUGACGCCCGCCCUGCUGCACUCCCGCUGCCUCUGCAUCGACCGCCUGCCGCCCGACUUCAGCGACGAGGACGCCCUGCGCCAGGCGCUGUCGGCAGUCCACACGCCCACCUUCUGCCAGCUGGCGUGCGGCCAGGACGGGCAGCUGAAGGGAUUCGCCGUGCUGGAGUACGAGACGGCCGAGAUGGCGGAGGAGGUGCAGGAGCUGGCCGACGGCCUGGCCCUGGGGGGCAGUCACCUGCGCGUCUCCUUCUGCGCCCCCGGCCCCCCCGGCCGCAGCAUGCUGGCUGCGCUUAUCGCCGCCCAGGCCACGGCUCAGAAUCGGGGCAAAGGACUCCUGCCCGAGCCCAACUUGCUGCAGCUGCUGGGCAACCUGGGCCCGUCCACGUCCCUGCAGCUGCUGCUCAACCCCCUGCUGCAGGGCGGUGCUGGGGGCAAGCAGGGUCUCCUGGGGGCCCCACCGGCCAUGCCGCUGCUCAAUGGGCCUGCCCUGUCAUCGGCGCUGCUGCAGCUUGCCCUGCAGAACCAGGGCCAGAAGAAGCCCGGGAUCCUGGGAGACUCACCGCUAGGCCCCCUACAGCCUGGGGCCCAGCCGGCCAACCCGCUCCUCGGGGAGCUGUCUGCAGGGGGGGGUCUGCCCCCGGAGCUACCGCCCCGGCGAGGGAAGCCACCUCCCCUGCUGCCGCCACUGCUCGGCCCCUCGGGGGGUGACCGGGAGGCCAUGGGCCUGGGGCCUCCGUCAGCCCAGCUCACCCCACCCCCUGCCCCCAUGGGGCUCCGAGGCGCUGGCCUCCGAGGGCACCAGAAAGACAGCGGGCCUCUGCCCACAUCCUCUGGGGCCUCGCUGCUGGGGGAGCCCCCCAAGGACUACCGGAUCCCCCUGAAUCCGUACCUGAACCUGCAGAGCCUGCUCCCCGCCAGCAGCCUGGCGGGUAAGGAGGCCCGGGGCUGGGGCGGCCCUGGAAGAAGCCGCCGCCCCCCAGAGGGCCCCCUGCAUCACCCCCCAGCCCCUGGUGGAGGUGGUGGCGGCAACAAGGCCUUCCCGCUCAAGUCACGCCUCCUGAGCCCCCUCGCCAGCUCCCGCCUGCCCCCCGACCCAGGGCUGCCCGACAGCUACGGCUUCGACUACCCCUCGGACAUGGGAGCGCGGCGCUUCUUCCCCCACCCUCGGGAGCCAGCCCUUGGGCCCCAGGGCCCCAGCCGACACAAGAUGUCCCCCCCGCCCAGUGGCUUCGGUGAACGGGGCGGCGGGGGGCCCCUCUCCCACUUCUACUCGGGCUCGCCCACGUCCUACUUCGCCAGCGGCCUGCAGGCCGGCCUCAAGCAGAGCCACCUCAACAAGGCAGUCGGCUCCUCCCCACUGGGCCCUGGAGAAGGGCUUCUGGGCCUGGGCCCUGGGCCCAACGGCCACAGCCACCUGCUGAAGACCCCACUGGGCGGCCAGAAACGCAGCUUUGCCCACCUGCUGCCCUCCCCCGAGCCCAGCCCCGAAGGCAGCUACGUGGGCCAGCACUCCCAGGGCCUGGGUGGCCACUACGCAGACUCCUACCUGAAGCGGAAGAGGAUUUUCUAGGGCUGGCACCAGAGACGGCUCAAGGGCCUGCACCACAUCGCUUUUAGUUUCUGGUGUUUUUGUUUUGUGUUUUUUGUUUUUUUUUCUUUUUUUUUUUUUUUUUAAUUUUCUUUCCU